AUGGAGCAUAACGCGAGCGACGCGGUCGGCACGCGCGACGCAGGGUGGCAGACGGACAUGUGUCACAGGACGUCUGGCACAGCAGAGCAAGGUGGGAGCAAAAACAAGGGCAGGGGAGGACGGCGGGAGCAGAGCCACAUACGGGCAUAUAGCAGUGCAAGUGCAGACGGAUACAGAAUGCACAGGAAUCACACAGGCGGGGCGGAGAGCCCGGGGGCCGAACAGGGCACGCCGCCACGGCGCAACUCGGUGCUGAAGCGGCGGUCGCUCAUCCAGACGAUCAUGUCGCCGGAGGGCGGGGCGGCGUCGCCAGAGCGGGGGCGGCGGAGCGUGUCGUUGUACUCUCCGGCCAGCGCGGGGUCGGACGAGGGCGACGUGGGGGCGAUGUUGCAGACGUUGGCCACGCGGGAACUCGCGCUCUUGGAGCAGCGCAAGACGGUGGAGGACCUCCGGCGGGCGCUCCGGCUCGAGGAGCGGGUCCUGGUGGCGCAGGCGCGGGAGUUGGAGGAACUGAAGCAGCGGGUGGCGCGGGCGCUCGACGCGGGGUCGCCGCGAGCGGUGCUGGAGCCGGGGGCGGAGCUGCCGGGGGCGCCGGGAGCGCGCGAGAGCGUGUGGGCGAAGUCGAUGUCAUUUCUCAACGAGUUCGACCAGAUACUCCAGGAGGGGCUUGAGAAGCGACUCGGGUUCGACGAGCUCAUGCCGAGCCCGGCCACAGACGCGACGACGCCGGAGGCGGACGACCGGCGCGGCAUCUGGGGGCUUGUGAGCGAGUUCAAGGCGGGCCUCCUCGGCUUGAGCGACUCCACGCCGCCGCCGGACGCUCCGGCGGCGUACCUGGAGAAGCAGCGCAAUCGCAGCGUGGGCCCGGAGCCACGCCGAACGAACACGGGCGACGCUGUCGCCGAACAUUCCCGCGAUGCGCGCUACGCGCGCAAGCGGGACUUGCACGAACAGGCAUACAGCCCCGCGGACGCGGCCGCGGAGAACGGGGUUGUCACGGGAGGACGCCUGGGCGCGACGCCCCACAGCUCGGGGUCGAUCCGCAAGAGGUGUCCUCCACUAAGCACGUCAGUAGAAAUGCAAAAUUAUGUAUGA